GCAAAGGGGAGUGACGCAGUUAUUGUAGAUCUAUAGAUACUCCAUGCUUUUUUAAUAUCCACCUGAAAUAACGCUCAUUUUCCAAGCCAGGGACGUCAAAAAAAAAUCCUCAUAGAAAAAAAAAGCAAAAAGAAAAGAAGAAGGAUUCCUGCUGUCAUCUGGGUGGGAGGCUGUAUGUGGAAUCUCUGCGCUCCUUGAAUUUGGAUGCCAUUCCGGUUGGAGGUUGCGGUACACCCCGAGGACUAGAUGCGAUAACCAGGACGAGUUAUGCCGCAGCCCAAAUCACGAAAAAUCGCCAUCCUCGGGUACAGAUCCGUAGGAAAGUCCUCCUUGACAAUUCAGUUUGUGGAAGGCCAGUUUGUGGACUCCUAUGACCCAACAAUAGAAAACACAUUUACUAAAAUGAUCACAAUAAAUGGACAAGAGUACCAUCUUCAGCUGGUAGACACAGCAGGACAGGAUGAGUACUCCAUCUUCCCACAGACCUACUCCAUAGAUAUCAACGGUUACAUUCUGGUCUAUUCAGUUACAUCCAAUAAAAGCUUUGAAGUUGUACAAGUUAUCCAUGAAAAACUAUUGGACAUGGUGGGGAAAGUUCAAGUUCCAAUUAUGCUCGUCGGGAACAAGAACGACCUACAUAUGGAGCGAGUAAUCAGUUGUGAAGAAGGAAAAGCAUUAGCCGAAUCCUGGAACGCUGCCUUCAUGGAGUCCUCAGCUAAAGAGAACCAGACGGCCGUGGAGGUUUUCCGGAGGAUGAUCCUGGAGGCAGAGAAGAUGGAUGGCGGCGUGCAGCCAGGAAAAACGUCCUGCUCCAUGAUGUAGAGCCGCCCAAUCAACACACAGGACACUGCACUGGGAUAUCCCGUUACUUGAAGGCUAGCUGCCAGUUCUUCUCCACCUCAGCUGACUCCACCCCUCCAGGGUCCUAAAUAUCCAAUACUGUCUAUUUAUGGCUCUGAUUCCACUGUUAUUUAUCAGUAUUCCCUUUUGUCAUCCUCGUUUUUCUUUGUGUGUUUGAUAAAAAAAAAAGAAACGAAUGAGUGGCGGUUCCCUUGUCUUAUAUUUCCCACAAUCCACCCCUCCUCCAUCUCUGUGCUAGACUCCGAUGCAAAACACAGAACUUCAUUUGGGUGUAUCAGAAAAAAUGUUUUGCUGUGCUCGGUAAUAACCGAUAAUAGCUAAGGCCAGAGAUAGUAGUGGCUUGAUGCAUCUUAGCUUCUCAUUAUGCAGCUCCCAUAUAGGCAACGAGUCCUCUGUUUAAAUAACGAGAGAUAAGAGAAAUGUCAUGUCUGCCACGCAUACGUUCUGAAAAACGGAUAAAGUAAACACGGACGUUUCUUCUGAUACAUCGCCGGCUGUUCGCUCCCUCCAAUAGAUACAGCUCUUUUUCUACUUCCAUCUCCAUGCACUUCUCUGUCCCUCAGUUUGUUUUCAAAGCGGUUACUGUCAGCCAAAAAAAAAUUAAAAAUCUGCAUCCAUUUUCUAAUGUUGAAAAUGUUGUACAAAUGUUUUUGAUUGUAAUCAUUAAAAGCAAAAAGUGGUUAUGUAAA